AUGGGCCAAACUCGCUCGGUUCCAUCGCAUACUACCACCGGCGGAGCAACAUGGAAAGCAAGCGAAGCGGGUCAGCGUCUCGACGCUCGUAGACUGAAAAACGGGAAAGCGCAUCUUAAUAUCCGGAUAAACGGGAAAUCGAUGAAAAAGCACGCCUUAUCGUGUUUGGGAAGACGAAAGAGAGACUCUAGUCCGACGCGAGUGGAGCCGAGCUGCGGACAAGAAGCGAAGAAGACAGCCGCACGCCACGAAGGUCGAGAGGGAAAGUUACCCAGGGACGACGCCGAAUUGCCGGUCGAGGAGCUGGUCGAAGAUGUGAGCGGGGAGACUACGAUCGGGCAAACUGAAAAGCCAAGCACGGGGAGGCGAGGGAGCCUUGAAGUUAGCGCUGCGUGCUGCGUGGAGAAGGGUGCUGGACGGGAGAACAAUGCCUCGGACCCCCCGCCAAAGGCCAUGGAGUAUCAGCCACUGGGGGUGUACAGCCAGGAUCGCUUAAUUGCACCUUUGGGAGAAUUAAGCCCGGAUGAGUCGGACUCUUCGAGAACUUUGACAAGUUUACAGUCGGGCGAUUGUGUUGAUCAAGUGGACGAUGCGAUUAAAAUGACAAAAAGUGAUUUAAUUAACGCCCCCUGUCCAUCUGAAGACGCAGAUUGUGCGCAUGACUCUGAUAAGCCCCCCCGGAUCUUGCCUUAUCCCGGCCCCAUACCGAAACUCAUAAUCACUCGGGAUCCAAGUCCCACUCGCUCCGAGGAGUCGUCGACCCAGCUGAGCCUGCGUACCGAGCUCUACGCCGGUUGGAGCUCGGAGCUCCACCCGGACGACGAGUCUCCGUGCUCGGACAGCGGUUGCGGAGGGUCCCCGGCGCUGAUGCGCUCGCCCAGGAAGCUGUCCAACUCGUCCUCCCUCGGACUGUCGUCCAUCUCCUCAUUCGAAGAGUCCGAGGACGACUACACGGGAAGCGAUAUUGAGUCCAGCUUGUCCCCGGGCAGGUCCCUCUGCGGCCCAGACGACGGCCCAAUGAAUAAGUCGUGGCAUAAGUUGAAGACCAUGGUGCACUGGUCCCCGUUCGUCGUGUCUUUCAAGAAGCGCUACCCGUGGGUGCAGCUCGCCGGCCACGCAGGUAACUUCCAGGCCGGUGAGAACGGUCGCCUGUUAAAGCGCUACUGCGAGUGUGAGCAGCAGUGCCUCGAGAAACUGAUGAAGGACACCCUUCAGCCAUACGUGCCUGGUUAUUAUGGUGUGGUGCAGAGAGACAAGCAGGAUUACAACCUGAUGGAUGAUCUGCUGGCGGAUUUUGACUCUCCAUCCAUUAUGGACUGUAAAAUGGGCAGCAGGACCUACUUGGAGGAGGAGCUGAUGAAAGCGAGAGAGCGUCCACGCCUGCGGAAAGACAUGUAUGACAAGAUGGUAGCCGUGGACCCUGGGGCCCCUACUGAGGAGGAGAAGGCCCAACAGGGGGUGCUCAAGCCCCGAUACAUGCAGUGGAGGGAGACUCUCAGCUCCACUGCAACAAUGGGUUUCCGGAUCGAGGGUAUUAAGAAAGCAGAUGGCACGUGCAACACGAAUUUUAAGACCACCAAGCUCAAGGAGCAAGUGAUGCAGGCUUUGGAGGACUUUGUGGAUGGAAACACUCAGACCCUGAAGCUGUAUCUGGAACGUUUGGAGGAGCUGCGGUCAGUUCUGGAGCAAUCUCAUUUCUUCAAGACGCACGAGGUGGUAGGCAGCUCUCUGCUGUUUGUGCACGACUCCUCGGGAAAGGCCCGCGUGUGGAUGAUCGACUUCGGAAAGACUGUGCCCCUGCCCGCCCACAAAACCCUGGACCACCGGACCCCCUGGGUAGAGGGCAACCAGGAGGACGGCUACUUGUGGGGAUUGGACAACCUCAUAGACAUCUUGGGAUCCAUGCUUCCUCAGGCCUCGUGA